AUGUCAUCACUCCGAGCAGACGUCUACACCGCACCUCCAGUCCCGUGGAAGAAACCCAACGGGCAAAAUGGAGGGCUAUGGUCCCCGAUAGCCUGCACUCUGAUCCACGGCACCAAAGAAGCCAUCCUUGUUGACACACCCAUUACAAUAGCGCAAACCAACGAUCUCAUAACCUGGAUAAAAGAUACCAUCCCGUCAAAACGCCUCACCAAAAUAUAUAUCACGCACGGCCACGGCGACCACUGGUUCGGCAUCCCUACCAUCAUGGAGGCUUUUCCGGGUGUCGAAGCACUCGCUACAGCUGGGACCGUGAGACACAUGGAAGGGCAAUUGAAAGCUUUCAAAGAGGGCUUUGGAAGUCAAUUUCCGGGAGAAAUCGAAGAAAACUUCAUUCUUGCCCAACCACUUCCUCCAAACAACAAGAUGGAACUCGAAGGCAACGUCCUGCAAGCCAUCGAAGUUGGCCAAUCCGAUACACACGACUCGACUGUCCUGUGGGUCCCAUCUAUCAGACUCGCCGUUUGUGGCGAUGUAGUCUACGGAGAUGUGCAUCAAAUGCUGGGUGAGUGCAACACGAAAGCCAAGAGACAAGGCUGGAUAGACAGUAUUCGGAAGGUAGAGGCUCUGAAGCCGGAGAUUGUGGUACCGAGCCAUAAGAGAGCGAGUGAGGUGGAUGGAGCGUUCCAUUUGAGGAACUCGAGGGAGUACAUUGAGAGUUUUGAAGGGUUCUUGGAGCGGGGUGAAGCGAAGGAUGCGAGAGAGUUGUCGAGAUUGAUGAUGGAGAAACACCCGACGAGAUUUAAUCCAGGAGCGUUGAUAGUGGGGUGUAUUAAUGCGUUCAAGGUUGAGAGUAAGAUCUGA